CAGUGUGUGAGUGUGAGACAGAGACAGAGACACAGAGAGAAACACAGAGAGCGCCUCAGGGACAGAGCUGUGGCUGUGGACACUAUGGCCCGGAACCCCCUCUCAGUGUCUGUGUUCAUCAUCACCGCUCUGAUUGGGAUCUCACACACAGAUUUCCAUCGUCCAACACCUCAUCAUCAGGUGUCCAAACUCUCCGCCUACGAAGUGACGAUCCCACGGCGGUUAUCGCUGAGAGAGAGACGACAAACCACUUCUGCACAGGAUAAAUUAUCAUACGCCAUCGAGGUGGAGGGGCGAGAACACAUUGUGCACCUGAAGAGGAACCAGGACUUCCUUCCAAAGGGAUUCACUGUGUCCACGUACAGUAAUGAUGGGAAUCUGCUGACAUCCAGACCAAAUAUGCAGAAACACUGUCACUAUCUGGGCUACGUUGAGGGGAUUGAGAAUUCUAUCGUUGCUCUGAGCACCUGCUCUGGACUCAGAGGAUUUUUACAGACGGGUGAAACGUAUUAUGGCAUUGAACCUCUCGAGAACUCGAAAGGCUUCCAACACCUGAUCUAUCGGAUGGAAGACCUUCAGGAAGAGGCCUCUAUGUGUGGAGUAUCUGACCUGAGCAGCGCUCAGAGGGACAGCAUUUUGGAGCCUACAGAACAACAUUCACACGAUGGCCAGAGUAUGACCGGUUUCCUGCGUCACAAACGAGCCAUAUUGCCUCAGACUCACUAUGUGGAGCUAUUUCUGGUUGUGGAGAAGCAAGUGUUUGAAAUCAAGAGGAACACUACUGCCAUCCGGGAAGAAGCUGUCCAGAUCGCUAACUAUAUUGAUGGAAUCUAUAUCCCACUCAACAUCCGUGUGGUGUUGGUCGGUUUAGAGAUCUGGAGCAAACAGAAUCUGAUCAAUACACAAGGAGGGGCUGCAGAGGUCCUGGGCCGUUUCGUCCAGUGGAGGCAAAAAGACUUACUGUUACGUCAGCGCCACGACAGCGCACAUUUAAUUCUAAAGAAAGGGUUUGGGGGCACAGCGGGCAUGGCCUUUGUGGGCACCAUUUGUUCAAGGAGCCACAGUGGCGGGAUCAACGUGUAUUCGUCACGCCCUCUGUAUUUCGCCUCGAUCGUUGCCCACGAGCUUGGCCACAACCUGGGCAUGAACCACGACAAUGAUCGCGGCUGCAUCUGCAGCUCCAAGUCCUGUAUCAUGAACGCUGGGGCUACAGGCGCCCAGAACUUCAGCAGUUGCAGCGCGGACGACUUCGAAGCCAUGAUUCUGAAGAAAGGGGCCUCGUGUCUGUGGAACAUCCCGAGACCCGAUGAGUCCUACAGCCCCCCCUCCUGCGGCAACAGGCUGGUGGAUGCCGGAGAGGAGUGUGACUGCGGCUCGCCGAAGGAAUGUGAGAAAGAUCCUUGUUGUGAGGCGUCCACCUGCAAACUCAAGUACGGCGUUCAGUGUGCGUUUGGGAGCUGCUGCAAACACUGCCAGUUCAUCGCAGCCGGGACGGUGUGUAGAGCGUCCAAUAAUGAAUGCGAUUUUGCAGAGCACUGCAGUGGAGAGAGUCACCUCUGUCAGCCCGACGUCUUCGUCCAGGACGGUCACCCCUGUCAGAACAACAACGCUUACUGCUACAACGGAAUGUGCCAGAGCUAUGACAGCCAGUGUGUGGCUCUCUUUGGCCAGCAUGCCAAGUCUGCUCCAGAGGUUUGCUUUCAAGACGUGAAUUCUAAAGGCGAUCGCUUCGGAAACUGUGGAGCCAGCGGAGCCGGCCACAAGAAAUGUGAUAGCAGGAACGCCAUGUGUGGGAAGCUUCAGUGUGAGAACGUGGACUCGGUGCCCGUGUUCGGGAUUCAGCCGUCCAUCAUCCAGACCCGGAUCGGUGGCACCACGUGUUGGGGUGUGGAUUUCCGCCUCGGAUCGGAUGUCCCGGAUCCCGGGAUGGUGAACCCCGGCACCAGGUGUACCGAUGGCAAGAUUUGCAUGGACUUCAAGUGCGUCAACGCCUCCAUAUUAAAGUACGACUGUGACGUGCAGAAGAAGUGCAAUGGACAGGGUGUGUGUAACAGUAACAAGAACUGUCACUGCAACAUGGGAUGGGCACCUCCGGACUGUGUGGUCAGCGGAUACGGAGGGAGUGUGGACAGUGGUCCCACCUACAAUGAUAAAGACACAUCCCUUCGAGAUGGGCUGCUGGUGUUUUUCUUGCUGGUGGUGCCCCUGAUGGCUUUGGCGGCCUUCGCGUUCGUCAAAAGGAAUCAGCUGCAGAGGAGGUUCUGCCGGAAGAAAAGAUCACAAAUAUACAAGUCGGAACCCAGAACUGGAUCAGAAGUUCCCGGAAGAGAGGCCAACAACGCGGUAAAAGAAGGGGUUGUUCAAACGACAAGAACUUCUCUCCCAAUAUAUACAACAAAGCCGUCACACCUGACACCAUCCAGGCCACCUCCGCCUCGCCCGGCACCGACAAAACCAGGCCCGAAAUCUCAGAAGGCGUAACACGGAGACCCACGCGGAGACUGGACCUGCACAGAACCCUUGAGAGCCGAUUGGACUUCAAUGAAAUGAGCGAUUCCAACGUGAUUCACUCUGCCAUUGGCUUCAUUCAGAAAUCCCAAGAUUGCUUCCUUCCAAUCUCGACGGUCAGUCUUUGAAGAAAACCGCGAAUGGAACGCCCUCCGACAAGUGCUUUUUAAAACAAAAAUUCUCUCUUUACAUAUUAUAUAUAUAUAUAUAUAACAUAGUAUAUAUAUAUAUAAAAAUGAUCUGAACCGAUUGUAAAUGUUGGGCAUCUUCGCCAGAGAGACCUCACUCUCUCGACCACCGUCGCCAGAAUAAUUCUUUGCCAUACUUGAGAAUGCACAAAAAUAGCACAAGAGAUAGAUAGAUAGAAAGAGAGAGAGAGAGCGAGAGAGACUACUAAUUUAUUUUACCGUCUUUAACGACUGCAAUAUAUUCUAGCGGGGAGGGUCUAUUACUAUCAUGACUGGGCCGUCUGUGCUUAGUGGAAGAUUUUAUGACGUCACUGAGAUUUUCUUCAGUGUCUGAUGCACUAGUAUAUGUAUAUCUAUAUCUAUAUAUAGGGUUCGAUUCUCUUCACUUUGAUUAUGCCUCAGCAGUUUGCCUUUUUAUACUUAACGCAAAUCAAUUGGAAAAUAUCUUCAAGCCGAGGCAUGGAAACUCUGAAAAUGUGUGCCUACUUUAGUGCGCGUGUGUGUGUGCAUGUGUGUGCGUGUGCGUGUGUGUGUGCGUGUGUGUGUGUACCUUUGAUGCAACGCAUUAAUCCUCCUUGCUUCUGGACUCCCAUCUCAACUUUGGCUCUGAUUGAUCCCCUUUGCUUUCUUUCAUGUGUCGUCCUGUAGCUCAGGGGUUAGAGCCCUCGCCUCGCAAGCGAGAGGAC